CAUUUUCCAUUCACUUCUUCGUUCUUCACUUCCGCUGUUCACCCCAUUCGCCGUCGUUGGUCGCCGUUCAUAGCAAUCAAUUUAUUUGAAGUUUUGGAAUAUGUUCCUUCCCCUCCAUAUAGAUAUUGUGCUGUGAAAGUUUUCAGAGAUAUGAGAAUGGUUGAGGGUUUUUUGUGUUGUUAUCAGGUUGAAGAUAUGAGAAUGGUUAUCCACAAAAUUUUGGGUUUUUUUUUUUUUUUUCUCAUAUCAGGAACAGUUUCACAGUGCAGAUUUUCUUUUAUUUAACGAAGGAUAUUAAGGAAAGAAAGUUUGUAAAUGUUACACAAACCCCAAAAGCAUGUUUGAUGGGUAAGGUAUGAGGAGGAGGGUGGGAUUAAUUUUCCAGCAGAAUAAUAAUGGUUCCCUUGGUGUUGACUCUGUGUAAUCCAACGUACGUAAAUUCAAAGCAUUCCCUCCUCUGCUGCCAACUACAGACAUAUUUCAAGGCCACAAAUUGAAGAAUAUUAUGGAUGAAGAAGAAGAAGAAGAAAAGAAAAUAAAAGAGACCCGACUCGAUCCGAAUUUGGGUCGGUUUGAAAGGAAAUCCGACCCGACCAGCCCAAUUACACCCUUACUUUUGGGGGAUAUUUUGCAUUAAAGCCAAGUGAAAAGAGAUUUCUGUUUUUAGUCGGUUAUGGCGGCUCGCUUUGGAAAUUUGUUACAUUGCUACUGCCAAAAGCUUUAAAUUGCCUUCCGGAUGCACCUCAAAAUCAGCUUCAUUCUUCGUGUUUUCUAGUUUCUAGCUCACUCAAUUCAGUCAUGGAGGUACGGAGGAGUCCUGAAAGUUUUCAACUGCAACACAGUGAAAGUAGACCUUCGUCUAUCGGAGAAACGCGCUCAAGGAAUUCACUGAGAACAUUCAGAUCAAUUUCAACAAGCUUUACUACUAGUUUUGAUAGGCUUACGAGUUUUGGAAACAUAAGAUUUGAUCGAGAAGUUAGGAGUAAAGGUUUGGGAUAUCUUAAAUGUAUGAUUGAUAGAAAUCCAGUAUUUCUUCAUUUGUGGAAUGAAAUACUUGUCAUGUUGUGUGUGAUUGCUACCUCAUUGGAUCCUUUGUUCUGUUAUACCCUGUUGGUUGAUGAAGGCAAACAAUGUGUUGGAUUUGACAACAAGAUGAGAAAAGUAGUUGUAAUUGUUCGCUCAAUCAUAGACUUCCUCUACAUAUUUCUCAUAGUCUGUCAUUUUCAUUUUGGAUAUUCCACAUUUUAUAAUGCAAAUCCUGAUGAAGCCGAUGAUGGUGUUUGCACAAGAGCUUGGAAAUUCUUUUUCUCUUACUUCACAGUUGACGUUCUUUCAGUUCUUCCACUCCCCCAGGUGGUGGUUUUAAUUCUCAUUCCAAGCUUAAGAGGAAAUGGAUUUAUAUACGCAGUGAGGUCAUUAAAAUAUAUUCUCAUUGUUCAAUAUUUGCCAAGGGUCUUUCGAAUCUACUCAUUUUUAAAGAAAGUUAGAUGGACUUCUAGCAUUCUCCCAGAAAGUGCCGGGGCUAAAGCUGCAUUCAAUCUCUUCCUUUAUAUGCUUGCUAGCCAUGUUAUUGGAGCAUUUUGGUACUUAUUCACUGUAGAGAGAAAAACAACUUGCUGGGAAGAAAGCUAUACAAAUUGGCCUCUAAACUGCAAUUACGUAGGCAACUUGAGUGCCAAUUUGAGUGCCGACACCAUUUGUUCUCCAAAAGCUGAAAAUGCUUCCAAUUCUUUUGAUUUUGGAAUAUUCAAAGACGCUCUUCGUAUUGUGGGAUCAAGAAAGAUCGUGAAGAAACUUUCUCUUUGUUUUUGGUGGGGUCUGCAGAAAUUAAGUUCCUUGGGUCAAGAUCUCAAAACUAGUAACCAUUUGUGGGAAGUCUACUUUGCAGUCACCAUUACCAUUUCUGGCUUGAUAUUAUUUGCUCUUCUUGUUGGAAAUUUGCAGACAUAUCUGCAAUCAACCAUAGCAAGAUUGGAGGAAAUGAGAUUGAAGGGGCAAGAUAUCGAGUUGUGGAUGGCUUACCAUUCCCUCCCAUCAAAGUUGAAGAAAAAGAUUAAAAAGUAUGAACGGUACAAGUGGCAAGAAACCAAAGGCGUCGAUGUGGAGCAAGUUCUUCGUAAUCUUCCAAGAGAUCUAAGAAGAGACACCAAGCGACAUCUAUUCUCGACUCCACUCUUAAGAGUUUCAAAGCUUCAAAACAUGGACAAAAGGCUUCUGGAUGCCAUAUGUGAUUAUCUAAAGCCAGUGCUGUACAUUGAGCGAAGCUUCAUUGUUCAAGAAGGAGAGCCACUGGAUGAAAUGGUGUUCAUAAUUCAAGGCAAAGUAAUGAUCUACUCGAAAAGAGACAGUGAAGGAGCAGAUGGUUCCUCAGGGUCAGGAUGGCUUACCAAAGGUGACUUCUAUGGAGAGGAUCUUCUAGACUGGGCACUGCGAAAUCCUACUUCAACCACUGUCCCCAUAUCUACCAAAACCAUCCGUGCACACACGAAAGUUGAAGCAUUCGUCCUCAUGGCAGAUGAUUUAAAAACUGUGGUCUCGAAAUUCUGGUGGCUUUUCAGCAGAAACUCUCCAAGUUUGAAAGCAAUAUGGGCACCGUGGGCGGCUUUAGCUUUGCAGUUAGCAUGGCGGAGAUACCAAAAAAGCAAGAAUGAGAAGGAUAAGUGUAAGUUUCAGCUGGCUAUUGAGAGAAGGAAUGCUAUUAAGAAUUCAAAUACCCGACUUCUUAACUCUAACCUUGCUCGAGUUCUUCGUGUUCUUAAGCUAAAGGCAAAAAAAGCACAGGCAGAAUCCAGCAGAGUCUGAGUAAUAAUUUAUUGUGUGCUUCUUUUCUCUUUAGGCUUUUUGUUUUUCUUACUUAGUUGUGAAUGCUUCUUCUGUAUAUUCAUUCCACUCUCUAGCUUCUUAUCAUGAGUACUGCUUCACCUUUUCCAGGUUUUAACUGCCAA